CUCUUCCCCCUCUGACAGAUGUGCGUCACUUCCGGAAAGAGUGCACCUCCCCAAUCAGAACUGAGGAGGGUGUGGCUUGUGCUGACAUUCGGCUGUGAUUGACAUUUCUCUGAGACUGCGUUUUCUCAGGAAGACGGCCAGCUGCGGCUUAUUGUGGACACGUGGGCUGUGUCAGGGAAGCGCGGGUUGUCGCUUUUCUACAAGCCUUCCUGUCUGAAGUGAAAAUUUAUCUAAGUUCUCAUAGUUGACUCAACUGUUGAUAAAUUCCUUAAGAGGUGGAGCUGAGCCCAGAGUUACUCCACAAUUUAUUUUAUCAAAACGGGUGGAAGCAAAGCAGUCUGAAGGAAAUUCAAGAUCACAGAGCUUACUGACUGAAGUGCGUUUUAUUGUUCAUACCAAGAAUUAAGUGCUUGAAGAAAGACCUUGUUAUUCUGCUAAAUCAUGAUGGAGGCAGAAGAACAACCACCAUGGAAGACAGCCUUUUACUCAGAAUUACCUAAAGUGGAACUUCAUGCCCACUUGAAUGGAUCUAUUAGUUCUAACACUAUAAAGAAAUUAAUAGCCAAGAAGCCAGGUCUUAAAAUCCACCAUCAGAUGACUAUGAUUGACAAGGGAAAGAAAAGAACUUUAGAAGAGUGUUUCCAGAUGUUUGAAAUUAUUCAUCAGCUUACUACUAGCCCUGAAGAUAUUCUAAUGGUCACAAAAGAUGUCAUUAAAGAAUUUGCAGAUGAUGGUGUCAAGUACCUGGAAAUAAGGAGCACCCCCAGAGGAGAAAAUGCUACAGGAAUGACUAAAAAGACUUAUGUGGAAUCUAUACUUGAAGGUAUAAAACAGUCCAAAGAAGAAAACAUAGACAUUGAUGUUAGGUAUUUGAUGUCAAUAGACAGAAGAGGUGGCCCUUCAGUAGCCAAGGAGACUGUUAAACUUGCUGAAGAGUUCUUCCUUUCUUCUGAGGAUACAGUUCUUGGCCUCGACCUCAGUGGUGACCCUAACGCAGGACAAGCAAAAGACUUCUUGGAACCUCUUUUAGAAGCUAAGAAAUCAGGGUUGAAGUUGGCAUUGCAUCUUUCAGAGAUUCCAAACCAAAAAAAAGAAACCCAAGUACUCUUGGAUCUGCUUCCGGAUCGGAUCGGGCAUGGGACGUUUCUCAGCUCCUCUGAGGGAGGGUCCCUGGAUCUGGUGGACUUCGUGAGGCAGCACCAGAUACCACUCGAACUCUGUUUGACCUCAAACGUCAAAAGUCAGACAGUUCCGAGCUAUGGCCGGCAUCAUUUUGGAUUCUGGUACAGCGUUGCCCAUCCUGCCGUGAUCUGUACUGAUGAUAAGGGUGUUUUUGCAACACACCUUUCUCAGGAGUACCAGCUGGCAGCUGAAACAUUUAAUUUGACCCAGUCUCAAGUGUGGGAUCUGUCUUCUGAAUCCAUCAGCUACAUCUUUGCUUCUGACAGCACCAAGUCUGAACUGAGGAAGAAGUGGAAUCAUCUGAAGCCCAGAGUGUUACAUUUUUAAGCUGUAAUAAGGAGUCGCAGAUAAUGGUUCAUGAACUAGUUUGAGAUGAAUCGGGUUCUCCCUGGCAAGAGUUUUGCCUUUGCCCUAUUCAGUCCACACAUUCUCUUCGUCUGGACAUUGGCAGACUGGUCCUGGGUCUUUUAAAGUAAGACUCCUUCUCCAUACCCAGUUAUGAUAGGUGAUAAAGGUUUGUCCUAAUGGAUGUGGAUAUAGAUACUAUGGGAGGAAUUUCAUUCUAAUUUCUCUUUUACCACAUUCUAAUUUGCUUCUCAGCCUAGGACAUAAAGAUUCAGACAGGCAUACCUGGAGCAACCCCACAGAGAGCCAAAAAAGGCAGGUAAAGAUUUAUCUUUUCCUACCAGCAACACCUUAAUCAUCAUUUUGCAUAUAUAUACAUUUUAAAAACCUGAGGAAACACUGGGCAGUUUACAGAUACAAUUUUUAUUAACAUGGUAUCCCUGAGAGGCAGAUGAAGGUGUAAACAUUAUUCUGCUUUAUAGAAAGGGAAAUGGAGGCAGGCUGACUUACACACAAGACAUCUGGAACCAGAAUUCACAUCUGCUGAUACCACAACCAGUGCUUUUUCGACAAGACUGUACAUAGAUACACAGAAGACAGGAAUCUCUUAUUUUUAAAAAAACAUAGCACAUUUCCUAAACUGCCUCAGAUCCUGAGGUGUUGCUUCACACUGGUGUUUCCUGCAUCUUCCUGUCUGCUUAGGCAACAUAAUUGAGAUACCAUCUCCCUUAAUUCCUAAGAAUUAGGAAUUAGGAGAUUCCCUCAACGCCAGAGUGCUACGUAGUCUCUCAUCUAUCACAGUAAGCUGUGAAUUUGAGAAUCUGUCUCCCCACCUCUCAGUCCAGGCACAGGACUCCAACUACGUGUGAAUAUGAAACAGCUGCUUAGCCCAGCCCUUGGCCAUCUGCUCACAGUCCUCUUUCCUCUGACCUGCCCAUCAAAGUAUCUUUGCAAGAUACUAGUUUCUGACUUUGGUCUCCCAUAGCAGUCCCCUAAAGCUGCUCAUUCUUCUUCCUGGGUGCCACCCAGUUGUCUCCUGGCAUAGCACGGGCCCCAGUUUACUCUGGAGGAUGGGAGCACCUCCUCGUGUGUCUCUGGCACUCGGUGCUUCAGCUGACCAGAUCUCUCUGCCUCCUACGAAGCCCGUAUUGUACCACCCCUUACAUUCUGCACUGCUCCAACUUUUGUCUCACCUUCCUUACAGUCUGUCCUUUGCCUUCUGCUCCAUUGCGCCCCAGUUUCCCCAUUUCUCACCCACUCAGCACUCAGUUUUGCAGUUAGUUUUGGAAAGUUCUUCCUGCUCUCAUUUACCCAGUAACCUUCCCUCUGAACACUUCUAUUUCAUGAAGCCUUCCUGAUGAAAGAAAAUACCUCUCAAAUUUUCACAAACUCUAAUGCACUAGACCUUCACAUUUAUGCAUAGUGUUACUACCUAGCUUUCUAGAUUUCCCUAAAACUGUGGCAGCUAUAUAUGUGCACUUAGUGUUUGUCCGUGUCAGUGUCAUGGACACUAUCUUAGACUGUACGGAUAAGGAUGGAGUGUGUUUAACUUGUGCUGUACAGACAGGCUCAUCAUAGUACUAUGAACAUACAGGCAGUUAUUUCAAUACGUUUUGAUUAUAAAGGUCAGAAUUACA